AUGGCAGCUCUCACCGCCGACGCCGCAAUGGCGUGGCACGAAAUCGGCUACCAAGUUCCGACGCGCCACUCGAAACGGUGGCCCUGGCAGCGAACCACUUCCAAGCAAACGUCGGCUGCAAAAACACUUCUGCAGGACAUUUCGGGCUCAGUCCCUCCAGGUUCGAUGCUCGCCAUCAUGGGCCCUUCGGGAGCUGGCAAGUCCACCCUGCUCGACGUCCUUUCUGGUCGCAAGAGGCCAACUUCGGGCCAUUUGCUGACCCCAAACGACGUCGAUGUCAGGAGAAUCUCUUCCUACGUCGAGCAAGAGGAUGCCUUGCUUGGCGUCCUGACCGUCCGAGAAACUAUUUGGUACUCUGCCAAGCUCUCAUUGCCACCCUCAAGCACGCCUCACGAAAUUGACGAACGAACCGACACGAUUAUCCAAGAUCUCGGUCUCACGGGCGUAGCAUCCCAACGAAUCGGCACCCCCAUCCAGCGAGGCAUUUCUGGUGGCCAAAAGCGUCGCGUCUCCAUCGGUUGCAGCCUUGUGACGCUGCCCAAGGUUCUCUUUCUGGACGAACCCACCUCCGGUCUCGACGUCGCCACAGCCUAUGAGGUCGUCAAAGCCAUUCGUAACUUGGCCGUGCGUCAUAACAUCAGUGUCAUGGCUACCAUCCACAGUCCUAACUGGGAGAUCUUUCAAACCUUUGAUCAGUGUCUACUUCUUGCCCGAGGAAGACCUGUCUUUCAGGGAAAUGUCCACGAUGUGGCGCCAUACUUUGCCACUUUGGGACAUGCUUGCCCUCCCCGCUCAAACCCGGCCGAUCACAUGAUCACUUUGGUCAACGACGACUUCCUGGCGCCUGAGGUCGCAGUUCACCAAGAUGCGCUCCAGCCUCACAGCCGAGAACACGCGUUGGAUGCUUCGCAGCAGGAUGUGGAUCUGAAGGUCAUCUCACUUGGCGACGUGAGCGCAUUUGCCGACACGUGGAAACUCCACCGCCAAAUGACCGCACCAAUCACACAGUCUUCUCACGCCACACACGAAGCCUCUUCUGAUGGUCACAAACCACCUACAGGGGCAGGACGGGAAGAUGAGAAGCAGCCUGUUCGCACGUCUGACCGUUCGCACGCCUGGUCACGGACGGUGACAUUAACGCGCCGCAACUUCGUGAACUACUCGCGCAACCUUCUGGCGUACGGUGUGCGCAUCGGCAUGUACAUCGGAAUGGGUGUUCUUCUGGCCACCGUCUGGGUCAACCUCGCAAAGACAGACACAAGGAUCAACGACCGCCUAUCGGUGCACUUCUUUUCGGUUGCCUUUUUGGGAUUUAUGGCAGUGGCCGGAAUCCCAGCCUUCCUCGAGGAGCGGGGCGUCAUGAAGCGCGAAACAGGUAACGGACUUUACGGGCCGUUACCAUUUACGCUGGCCAACACGUUUUCUACGGUGCCUCUGCUGUUCAUCUGCUCCCUCGUCUUCUCUGUGCUGAUGUACUGGAGCAUCGGUCUCAGACCAGGUGCUGCCGUCUUCUUCCGAUUCCUCGCUUUCCUUUACCUCGGCGUGCUUGCAGCAGAGUUUCAGGCGCUUCUGGUAGCGGCGGUGAUUCCCAUCUUUGUGGCGGCGUUAGCCAUUGCCGCUUUCCUCAAUGGCUUCUGGAUGUGUGUGCAGGGCUACUUCAUCCGCGCGGUCAACCUGCCGCGGUUCUGGUACUACUGGGCCCACUUCAUCGAUUACGAGACUUAUGCCUUCAACUUGCUCGUCAAGAACGAUCUCACCGACGUGGUGUUUUCUUGCUCGGGUAGUGUGGCCGACAACACGUGCCAAUGCCAGUACCCAAGCUCGCUCUUCUCGCAGGGCAUUUGUGCUGUCAAGGGCGAAGACGUUCUGAAAGCCCUCGACAUUGAUGGAGUCAGCAUGACGCUGUACGCUUUUAUCCUUCUCAUCAUCACCCUCGUAUAUCGUAUCCUCUUCUACACCGUUCUCAAGGUGCAGCUCCGUUAA